CGCUGAGCUGAGUCGAGAGGCUAAAGACUGAAAACUCUGUUGUUGCAGGAAUAAAAAUGCAGCGAGUCUUUUCAAAGUGCCACACCGAACGUGUCUGGUUGCGUGAGUUCCUGGCAGAAUUAAUCGGAACCUUCGUGCUCGUGUUUAUAGGAAACAAUUCAGUGGCGCAGGCGGUGCUAAGCAAUCAGAGCCAUGGACAGUUUAUCACGAUAAACUUCGCCUAUGGUUUUGCCGUGACCCUGGCCGUACUGGUUGCUGGAGGAGCGUCCGGCGGUCACCUCAAUCCGGCAGUCACCCUCUCGCUGGCUCUCGUCGGCAAGUUUCCGUUCAAGAAGAUCCUGCACUAUAUGCUCGCGCAGUACCUGGGCGCCUUCCUCGCCGCCGCUUGCACAUACACCGUCUACAUAGAUGCGCUGUUUAACUUCGAUGGAGGCGUCCGACAGAUCAUCGGACCACAAGGUACUGCAGGAAUUUUUGCGACCUACCCGCAGGAAUUCGUCAGGCUGGAGGUCGGAUUCGCUGAUCAGGUGAUCGGAACGGCGAUCCUGCUGGCCUGCGUGUGCGCUAUUACUGACCAAAAGAAUUGCAGCGUCUCGCGAGGUUUGAUACCACUCUACGUUGGCUUGACGGUGGUCACAAUUGGCAUGUCUAUGGGCUUCAAUUGUGGAUACGCUUUGAAUCCAGCCAGGGAUUUGUCACCUCGAUUCUUCACCGCCAUAGCUGGAUGGACGUUCGACGUGUUUUACAUUGAGCAGUGGAGUUGGGUUCCGAUUCUGGGGCCCCACGUCGGAGGACUUUUGGGAGCCCUGAUUUACACACUAUUCAUAGAGGCACACUGGCCCGACGACGAUGUACUUCCUGAAGUAGAGGACGCCAAAGAGUAGGAAGCGCAUGAGUACAAAGUCGAGUCUGAAAAAAUCAACACCACUCAACACUACAAUCUAGAACUUCAGCAUUUUGUCCAUUAUUAAAAAGCAAAGUGUUUUCUUAAAAAUGAUUUACGAUCACCAUGCGUUGAUUUUUUUGUUUUCAUUUUCUGAUAUUGUUAUGUACAAAUAAAUAAUUAUAAUUCUUCGUACAUAAGAGUG